GGGCGGGCGGCAUCGGCGGCAGGGUUCCCUCGCUCUCUUCAGUCAGGGCCGAGGGCCGCGCUCGCGGGGCGUCCGGAGGAGCCGCCUCCGAGGAUGCCGAAUUUCUGCGCCGCCCCGAACUGCACCCGCAAGAGCACCCAGAGCGACCUGGCCUUCUUUCGUUUCCCGCGGGACCCCGCCCGGUGUCAGCGUUGGGUUGAGAACUGCCGAAGGGCCGAUUUGGAAGACAAGACGCCGGACCAAUUGAACAAGCAUUACAGGCUGUGCGCGAAGCACUUUGAAACCUCGAUGAUAUGUAGGAGCAGUCCCUACAGGACUGUUUUACGAGACAACGCCGUGCCAACAAUUUUCGACCUCACGAGCCAUUUGAACAACCCACAUAGCAGACACAGGAAAAGAAUUAAAGAGCUGAGUGAAGAAGAAAUAAGAACAUUAAAGCAACAAAAGAUUGAUGAAGCUUUUGAGCAGGAGAAGAUGAACCAAGAAUCUGUCGACAACGACAUGCGGAACCCAGCCUCCGAGGAAGGAGGCGACGAGCCGGUCGACGACGAUGUCCCUUUAACGCAAGAGGAGAGGGAAAACAAAGAUUACCUUAAAUCUCUGUUUGAGAUUUUAAUCCUGAUGGGGAAACAGAACAUCCCUUUGGACGGCCACAGCGCUGACGAACUCCCCGAAGGGAUCUUUACCCCAGACAACUUCCAGUCUCUCUUGGAAUUCAGGAUAAAUUCCGGAGAUGAGGUUCUGAGGAAGCGGUUUGAGACCACGGCUGUGAACCUCGCCUACUGCUCCAAAGCCCAGCAAAAGCAAAUGCUGGAGAUCUGCGAGAGCUGCGUUCGGGAAGAGACCCUCCGCGAGGUCAGAGACUCUCACUUCUUCUCCAUCAUCACAGAAGAGGUGGUGGAUCUCGCCGGCGAAGAGCACUUGCCGGUUCUGGUGAGAUUUGUGGACGAUUCUCACAACCUGAAGGAGGAAUUCAUAGGGUUCUUGCCGUACGAGGCGGACCCCGAAAUCCUGUCCGUUAAGUUCCACACGACCAUUACCGAAAAGUGGGGCUUGAACAUGGAGUACUGUCGGGGCCAAGCCUAUAUCGUCUCCAGCGGGUUUGCCUCGAAAAUGAAGACUGUGGCUACAAGGAUCUUAGAGAAGUACCCUCAAGCUGUUUAUACCCUGUCGUCCUCCUGUGCCUUGAACAUUUGGCUCGCCAAAUCUAUUCCAGUCCUGGGCAUUUCCAUUGCCCUCGGAAAGAUAGAGGAGGUGUGCACGUUUUUUCAUCAGUCGCCCCAGUUGCUAGCCGAUUUGGACAACGUCAUCUCCGUUCUCUUUCCGAACAGCGAAGAAAGGGGGAACGAGCUGAAGGAGGUCGUGCGCUCCCACUGGACGGGCCGCCACGACACCUUUGAGAUUGUCGUGGACCUCAUGCAAGCCCUCGUGCUGUGCCUGGACUCCAUCAACGACACCUCCGUCCGGUGGAACAGCUCUGUUGCCAGCCGGGCGUGCACGCUUUCCACCGCCCUGUCGGAUUUCGACUUUGUGGUCACGGUCGUGGUCAUCAAAAACAUUCUCUCUUUCACCAGGGCCUUUGGCAAGAACCUCCAGGGCCAGACCUCGGACGUCUUCUUUGCGGCCAGCAGUUUGACGGCGGUGUUGCAUUCCCUGAACGAGGUGAUGGAGAACAUCGAGGUGUACCACGAGUUCUGGUUUGAGGAAGCCACCACCCUGGCCACCAAGCUGGACCUGCCCGUCAAGCUGCCCGGGAAAUUCAGCCGUGCCCAGCAAGGCAGCUUGGACUCCGAAAUCACCCCGGAAAACUACUACAAGGAAGCGCUUAGCAUCCCGACCAUGGAGCACAUAAUUCAGGAGCUGAAAGACAUCUUCUCCGAGCAGCACCUGAGGGCUCUGAAGUGCUUGUCCCUGGUGCCCUCGGUCAUGGGGCAGCUCAAGUUCAACACGUCGGAGGAGCACCACGCCGACAUGCACAAAAACGACCUCCCCAACCCGGACACGCUCUCCGCGGAGCUUCAUUGCUGGAGGAUAAAGUGGAAGCACAGAGGGAAGGACAUCGAGCUCCCCACGACCAUUUACGAAGCCCUCCAUUUGCCCGACAUCAAGUUUUUCCCCAACGUGUACGCCUUGCUCAAGGUCCUCUCCAUCCUGCCGAUAAUGAAGGUGGAGAACGAGAAAUUUGAAGUGGGCCGGAGGCGCUUGAAGGCCUACCUAAGGAACACGUUGACCGAGCAGCGGUCGAGCCACCUGGCCCUGCUCAACAUCAACUUUGACAUUAAGCACGACUUGGAUAUGAUGGUCGACACCUACAUCAAGCAGUACCCCGAGAAAGCAGAGGAGGAUUUCCCUCCCCCUAACAGUUCAGAAGCGACGGAAGAGACUUAACACAGGAACGGGGCAGUUCUCUGUUGUCUGUUCUGGAUAUUUGGCAGUUG